AUGAAGCGAUUUCUUCCAACAACAUUGAAAAGCCUGUGGGAAAAGCCCCCAUGUGGUAGCGUUGUAGAUGUGCACGGAUGGAUACGAUCACUACGGAAAUCCAAAAAUGUGUGUUUUGCCAUGGUCUCCGACGGCACAUGUCAACAACCCAUUCAGGUGGUAGCGACUCCAGAGCAAGCUCAGUUGUUGUCUUACGGUGCUAGUGUCAAAAUCCAAGGGAAACUUGAGAUUUCUAAAAAAGCUGCACUAGGAAAGCAGCAAUACGAACUACUGGCCGAGAAAGUUGAUCUUUAUGGCAAAGUAAACAACGACUACCCUAUACAAAAAAAAAAUUUAGCAACAGAAUUUUUGAGACAACAUCCUCAUUUGAGGGUUCGUACUGCAAAACAAAAUGACUUGUUUCGUCUAAGGUCUGAUACCUUGGAAGGCGUACGCUCCUUUUUAGCCAAAAGCGAUUUUAUUGAAACUAAUCCCCCUCUCUUAACAUCUUCAGAUUGUGAGGGUGCAGGUGAAGUAUUUCUGGUCACCCCUCAUUCAAAAAAAAAAGAUUCCACUAAUAGUUCUGAAUUUUCAAAUAAAGAUGAACAGAGCCCUUCGUUUUUUGGAACGCCGACAUUUCUGACAGUCUCCACCCAGCUUCAUCUGGAGGCAUUGGCACUCGGAAUGUCUCGGGUUUACACAAUUACACCAGCUUUUCGAGCAGAAAAUAGCCAUACAAGUCGGCAUUUAGCAGAAUUUUGGAUGCUGGAAGUCGAACUUGCUUUUAUAGAAACAAUGGAUGCUCUCGCGGGUGUUGUGGAAGACCUUAUUAAAUAUUUGGUACAAUAUUUAAAAAAAAAAGGAUAUCAUCGGGAGCAUUGGAAUCAUCUAAUGAACGAAUGGCAUCGAAUAUCAUAUACAGAAGCAAUUGAUAUUUUGAAAAACUCAGGCUAUACUUGGCAUGAUCCUCCGGCAUGGGGCAAUGAUCUUAGCAGCGAACAUGAACGUUAUUUAACGGACGUCUAUAUCAAGGGACCUGUUUUUGUGACUGAUUAUCCUGCUUCUAUUAAGCCCUUUUACAUGAAGCCCAGCUCAAACGACACCGUUGCAGCGAUGGAUUUAUUGGUCCCACAGGUUGGAGAAUUAGUCGGUGGAUCGUUGCGAAAAGAUUCGAUUGCUUUGGAGGAAGUACCCAAGGGGUUAGAAUGGUAUUAUGAAAUGCUUCAACAAGCUAAUACCCCUCAUGGUGGUUUUGGACUUGGUAUUGAACGAUUGCUAGCGUUUCUAGAAGGCAAUGCCACAAAUGUCCGUGAAACCAUUCCAUUUCCACGCUCAUCUGGAUCAAUAUUUGCUUAA